AUGGAAUCAGAAUUAUCACCACAACCAUAUAAAUUUGCAUAUGGUGUACAUGAUAGUCAUACCGGUGAUGUUAAAAAUCAACAUGAAACAGCUGAUGAACAUGGUGCUGUACAUGGUUCAUAUAGUGUUAUUGAUCCAGAUGGUUAUAAACGUACUGUAAAGUAUAUAGCUGAUCCACAUAAUGGGUUUAAUGCUGUUGUACACCGAGAAUUAAUUGAACACAAAAUUAUUGCACCAGGACCAGUUAUAUUACAACAUUCACCAUCUUCUUCAACAGAAUCUAUACCAAUAGCAAAAUAUACAUCAAAAAUUGUAUCGCCACUUAUUACAAAAGUAAUCCAUGAUCAUUAUCCAAAACAAUUAAUACAUUCUAAUUUGCAUUAUCCAACGGAAGUGCGACCAUCUAAUCAUCAUUCUCUUCAUCAUUAA